GAUUGAAACACAGCCACCAAAAUGAGUCUCUAGCUGCUCCGUGUCGACACAGCAGAGGAAAGUGUGAGAAAGCAGGAGAAACUCCUCCCUUCGGCGUGCUGCACUGGGACAGAUCGACUGCAGUACACACUGUAUUGUAGAGGAGAGGAGAGAAGAGGAGAGGAGAGGAGAGGAGAGGAGGAGUUUCGAAACCAGCUGGAAAUUCAGGUGCCCGCAGUCAGUCAGUAAACUCAUGCCAGUACUGCACACCGGACUACUGCGGGACCGCUCACUUCACAUUACAGGAUUAUAACUAACUAAAGAAAGAGUGAAAACAACAUUGAGUCAUAAAAGCGAAGGCGCUUUUGGUGUUGUGUUUAUAGUGCACAUCUUCACCGGUGUGUUUUCGUGAGUCGUCUGUCGCUUCCGCUUUUCCGUUCAGCAGUUUGUCGCCGAAAUUCAGCAGGAGUCAAUGGGAUUUUUUGAUACUCAGUAAACUAUUUCACUGGACACUGAAAGGAAAAAAAAGGAAUAUCAGUUACUUAUUGUUCAUGUGAGUGAGUCCUACUCAUCCUAAGGCUGAUGUCCUCUGAGAGCAGUGUCUGAAACAUGGAUGACCCUUUAAAGGUUGACUGAUUCCAGCUGACACCUUCAUAACUAUGCUGCGAGUCUCUCAAGGCCUGAUGGCCACAGUAGGCGCCAACAACCCCCCGAAAUUCCCAACCCAAUUCAGGGAAUGAUCAAACCAUCCUGUCUAGGACAUACACAUCAAGAGACCUCUUACAUACAGGACUGCAGAUAUCCCAAAUCUAAUGGCAUGGGCCAAGUUCUUCAGGAGACCAGGAGGCAAUCUUGGCAGGUCUUACCAGCCGGGAUCUAUGCUAUCCUUGGCCCCUACCAAGGGACUACUAAAUGAGCCGGGACAGAACAGCUGCUUCCUCAACAGUGCAGUGCAGGUUCUUUGGCACCUCGAUAUCUUCAGACGAAGUCUUCGUCAGAUUCCAAACCACUACUGCUUGGGCGACUCCUGCAUCUUUUGCGCUUUGAAGGGAAUAUUCUGUCAGUUCCAGCACAGCCGAGAGCGAGCGUUACCCUCAGAUAACCUGCGUAAUGCCCUCGCCGAAACCUUUAAGGACGAGCAGCGCUUUCAGUUAGGCUUCAUGGAUGAUGCUGCUGAGUGCUUCGAGAACAUUCUAGAAAGGAUUCACCUGCACAUCGCUCCCGAUGCAGAGACUGACGCUUGCACAUCUAAGUCCUGUAUCACUCACCAGAAGUUUGCUAUGGCACUUUAUGAACAGUCAGUGUGUAGGAGCUGCGGUGCGUCGUCCGACCCGCUACCCUUCACUGAGCUUGUGCACUAUGUGUCCACCACAGCCCUCUGCCAGCAAGUCUUGGAGAGGAGAGAUGAAAGGUUUGGGGAGCUGCUUCAAGCCGCCAGCACAGUUGGAGAUCUGCGUAACUGUCCGAGUAACUGUGGGCAGAGAAUCAAGAUCCGGCGCGUGUUGAUGAACUCUCCAGAAAUCGUGACCAUCGGAUUUGUGUGGGACUCAGACCAGUCAGACCUCACCGAAGACGUCAUCCGAUCUCUCGGACCACAUCUCAACCUCUCAGGGCUCUUUUAUCGCGUCACAGACGAGCGUGCAAAGAAGAGCGAGCUGCUAUUGGUGGGAAUGAUCUGUUACUCCAGCAGACAUUACUGUGCCUUCGCCUACCACACCAAAUCAUCCAAAUGGGUUUUCUUUGAUGACGCCAAUGUCAAAGAGGUGGGAUCCAGAUGGAAGGAUGUGGUCACUAAAUGCAUCAAAGGUCACUUCCAGCCUUUGCUCUUGUUUUACUCUAACCCUGAUGGCAGUGCUGUGGUAACAGACGAGGCCCAGCGGACCAACAGCAGUAGCACCCAAAAUAAGAGCUCAGUCAAUGGAGAAGCACCAGGUACUCCUAUACUGGGUGGAAAGAAGUUGGAACUGACGCGAGAGAACUUGACUGCUUUCUUCUCAAAUCAUGGUACUCCGAAGCAGAAGUCUCAGCCUCCCUCUGUGUUCAGUCGGGGCAGUAACCAGACCAGCGGCGGAAGAGGGCCAGUCAAGAUGAACUUUGAUCCGAUUCAGAGUCAACUCAAGGAGAUUUUGCGGGAGCUGCCAAAAGAAGGCCGUCCCAUUAACCUUAUUAAGAAGGACUCAGAUCGGUCACAGACGAGACCAGAAACACUGAGGCACCGAGACUCACCAGAUAAGCCUCAUUCCCGCUCGCUGUCACCUCCGGAGAACGGCUUCAAGCAUCUGGAGUCGCGGCUCUACAGCAGCCAGGGCAGAGGGCCGACGAAAGCCGAGCGCUGGCCUGUUACUAACACACACCACAACCAUGAGCCCCGCUCUCAGUCCCAGCCUCGCGUCCCGCUUCAUCCUCCUGCAGAGAGCCGCUCUCGGAGGCUGGAUGUGGCCAACGGCUACGAUACAGACAGCAGUCAGGACUCCCGGACGCACGGAAACCCUCGCAGCCGGCCGAAUCGAGCGUGGAGGCCGACACGAGAGGCGCUUAACGUCGACAGCGUCCUAAACAGCGAUAAUAAUCAAAACUCCCACAACUCUCGCAAACAGACCUUUAAUCAGGACGGCGAAGAGUCAGCGUGGGGCCGACGAGAAGAACGCAAACCCAAGAGCUUAAUGACCAUUUACGAGGACGAGCAGCGGCAGGACAUGGGCAGCAGGAGCUCGCUGGAUUCAGAGGACAGGGUUAAAUCAAGCGUCAUUCGGACUGAUAACUGGAAAAUCCAGCGCACUGAAUCUGGAUACGAGAGCAGUGAUCGUCUCAGCAGCAGCUCGGCAAACCUGGACUCUCCUGUGGUGGAGAACCUGAGCAACAAAGACAUGCAAUCCAUACCAGAAACACACCUCUCCAGGGAGCCUAACUACCAAAGGAGGUAUGAGGAUUCAAAGGCCCAGAUCCCACCUUCGUCCAUUAUCUACAGUGAACCACAAAAGAAAGCAAACGAUCGUUCCAUGAGUCCUGUUAUUCCAAGAAGACAAGCUUUUCAAUACAACCCUGCUAAGGAGAGGACGGAGAAGGCUGAGAGAGAACGAGCUCGUGCGGUAAACGGGAACCCUGUCUCUCCUUAUUUCACCAAAACCAGCAGUUCAGAGUGGAACAGCUCCGACGAUCUUUCCGGCCCCUUUUCCGAGCAGGAGGAUUCAUCAUCACAUGCUGACGUUCCUCCUCAGGUCCCCUUCAGGACUCUGUCUCACACCGCAGCUCCGCCAGUGCCUCCCAAACCACACAGUCUGAGCUCAGAGAACCGGCGACGAGAUCCCCGUCCACCCAGUCCUCAGCGUCUUCCUCGAAACGGCUCGGCUCUGUCCCAAACCGCCCUGCAGAAGUGGCUGGAAAACUCGGACACGAGCUCCAAGUCUGGCUCCUCUGAUCAGGAGAGGAACGAUCUGUCAGCGAGUGAAGGUGAGGAGAAGUUCUCCAGCUUUCCCAAACCUGCGGCCGGCUCUCCUGUCAUCCCCAGCACCUACUUCUCCGUGGACAGCUGCAUGACAGACACGUACCGUGCCAAGUACCAUAAAAAGAGACCUGCUCUGUACGUGAUGGCAGACUCUAGAGCCGGAGAUCACACCUCGUCUGGUGAAAGUGAUUACGGGGAGAGACCGUCACCGGCUCCUUCAGAAACACACAGCAGAGCCACAGCGCUGCCAGUUCAUGCGUCCAGUAAUAAACCCACUGCUAAAUGGAACGCAGUUUCAGUGAAAGGACUGGAUGAACACGGCUUUCUCUGACAGCAGAUCUCGUCCCCAAACACUCAACGUUCAGCGGCUUUCACUAAAGCUGUGUUUCUACACUGCGGAUGUGUAGUGUGCACUCAAACACAGCGCGUGUGGCAGUAUCAGACAUCACAUUUGCACAAUUUCAAGCCAAAAGAGAACAAUAUUACGUACUGUAUCUUUAAAGAAAAUAUUCCAAAACACUCCAUAGGCUUAAGGAUAUUCGAUGUACUGUAAGUAACAUAAGACUAACAAAACUAACAAAUCUGAAAGAGUAAGAUUGAUUGUCCAGUGACAGUUUGCCCUGUUUAUGAGAAAGUGCUUCAGUUGGGUUUCUGUUCACUGCUUCUGAUUUUCUUAAUGUUUUGAUUGUUUCUGGAGGGAGGAUCUGAUAAAAGAUCUGAUUGUGUCUUCAGAAGGUGAAGCUGCUAAAUGUGAAGCCGUUCCUGUGUUCGAAUAGCAAAAUUGAGCUUAAUGUUUGAUGGCCUUUUUUGUUGUUUUAGGUGUAUAAUACUGUAUAUCUUGUUUUAUCAUUUAGUCCCUGAUCUAGAAUUACAAAGGGCAACUUUACAUGUUUUGACGCUUUUAUCAUGUUGAGCUCAGUUUUGUGCAGAGAAAUGAUCGAGAAGACACUGGAGAUUGUUUGGUCAUUUAUAUGGAAAAAGUGGAAUUUGACUUUAUUUGGGCACAUCUAAAUGUGCUUGUUUUCUUUUCAUAUUUGGGACAAUACAAGUUGUGCAUUUUGUUUUUAUUUGUAUGAUAAUGUUUUAUGUUGCUUGGCAGAACACUGAACAGUGCCUUAUUUUGUAUGUAAAGAUGGGAUAAAGGUGUUUUUAUUCGUAAAAUGUUCACUUUUUCAAUGCUUUUAUAACAUUGUAGCUCAUUUUGGUUAAAAACUUUUAAUAAACUGAUUUAUUUAAGAAUAA